AUGCGGAGGUGGGUCCCACACAGAAUCAACGUGAGGAUCGAGAAACGUUACUUCUUGUCCGGGCGGAUCUACCCCGGCCACAGCAUGAUGUUCGUCCACAAUGACUGCAAGGUGUUCCGAUUCUGCAAAUCUAAGUGCCAUAAAAACUUCAAGAAGAAACGGAACCCACGCAAGGUCAGGUGGACUAAAGCCUUCCGGAAAGCAGCUGGCAAGGAGCUCACUGUGGACAACUCAUUUGAAUUUGAAAAACGUAGAAACGAACCUGUGAAAUACCAGCGAGAGCUCUGGAGUAAAACUACUGAUGCAAUGAAGAGGGUUGAAGAGAUCAAGCAGAAACGCCAGGCUAAGUUUAUAAUGAACAGGUUGAAGAAAAACAAAGAGCUACAGAAGGUUCAGGACAUCAAAGAAGUCAAGCGGAGCAUCCAUCUUAUCUGGGCUCCUCCUGCAGGCAAAGGAAAGCAGCUGGAAGAAAAAAUGGUACAGCUGUUGCGGGAAGACGCUCCACAGGGAGGUAUCAACUGA